AUGUCCCUCUCCCGAUCACCCUCUCCCCACCCGGGAGGAGGGUGGUCGAGUCCUGCUGUGACGCCUGGCAGUGGCACCUCGACGCCGCAUAGUGGUCUCUUCUCUCCAGGCCCAAUGGGCCCCAGCGGAGUGUCCUGGGCGGCGGCCAAGGCCAAAAGUGAGGAAGUCAGAGGUUAUCCGUCCUUUUCCACUCGGAACAAUGGAUUCUUUUCUCGGUCAAAGCGCAAAAUCUCCGCCAGUCUUCCGCGAUUCAGUAUGACUUCGGCUCCCGGGGGUUACGUUGAUAAGGAUGAUUUUGGACGUGGGAAAUUCCCGAUUCACGGGGCAGGUCAGCGCACAGCUUUGGGCUCUAUGCUACAGAAGAGGAGAAUACGGGCGUUGCUGGGAUUGGUCGUUAUCUGGCUUGGAUAUUUGUUCUUCUGGACGUCAAUUAUCCAGACCUAUAGACAUUCCGCGUUGGGUGGAGGGAGCAAGUUUGUGGUGGUACUGGGGUCAAAUGUGGAGGGAGGUGUUAUGGAGUGGAAAGGUGCGCGCGAGUGGGCAAUUGAACGCAACAGUAUCUGGAACAAAAAAAAGUAUACCCAACGCUGGGGCUACGAAUUGGAGGUUGUGAACAUGUUGGCCAAGAAGCGCUAUUCCCAUGAGUGGCGUGAAAGCUGGGAGAAAGUCGACAGCCUUCGAGAAGCCAUGCGCAGGCAUCCUGAUGCUGAGUGGUUUUGGUGGUUAGAUCUCGGUACUUGGGUCAUGGAGUACUCAUACUCUUUGCAGGAUCAUAUAUUCAACCACUUGGAUUCGAUCCCCUAUCGCGACAUCAAUCUUUACAAUCCUUUGAAUAUCAGCCACCCUCCGACAGAUCAAUACCUAGAUGAAGUUUCUCGUUCGCCUGAUGGGGACAAGGAUACCUCCUCGAUCCAUAUGUUGCUAUCUCAGGACUGCGGCGGUUUCAAUCUAGGUUCUUUCAUGAUGCGCCGAUCUGUCUGGACAGAUCGCCUACUGGACACCUGGUGGGACCCUGUGAUGUACGAACAAAAGCACAUGGAGUGGGAACACAAAGAGCAGGAUGCAUUGGAAUAUCUAUAUGAGAGUCAGCCAUGGGUCCGCAGCGGCGUUGCCUUCUUGCCCCAGCGAUACAUCAACUCAUUCCCUGAAGGGGCGUGCGGCGACGAAAGAGACCCCGGCAUCCAUUACAACCAAGAUGAUCGGGAUUUCGUGGUUAAUAUGGCCGGUUGUAAGUUUGGCCGCGACUGCUGGGGUGAAAUGUACCAGUUUCGUGAGCAUAGCAAUUGGCUGAAUCGUACGCGGUGGGAACGCUUCAAGGAUGCUUUGAGCGGCGUGUAUAAUACGUUGUUCGGGAAGGGGGAGAAGCAGGAGCAAUAG